AUGUCUGCAACAAUCACUCAAACUGCACGACCGGCCGUCUCGCAAAAGCCCGCGGACCCGCAUCAAUAUGAUUAUGAGAACCUCCCCAAAUACGUUCAUCCACCCGAGACAAAAGCAGAGCUCCCAUGGGCAGAACUCGUUACGCUAGACCUUGAAGACUUUGACCGUCCAGGAGGCAAGGAAAGACUUGCCAAGCAACUCGAGCACGCCGUACACCACGUCGGCUUCUUCUACGUGAAGAACUACGGCCUCACCCAAGAACAAGUCGACAACCAGUUCACCCUCGCCAAGAACUUCUUUACUCUCCCCAUCGAGGAGAAGGCUAAACAUGAAGUGGACUACGCCAACGCCGACUACAACGGCUGGCGUCGCGCAGGUCGCGCCCCGAACGGCGCUACACGUGAUGCCGUCGAGAUAUUCAACAUUCCGAAGUUCACCAAAGACUUCGAAGGCAAAUACACGCGGCCAGACCUCCUCAACGCCCAUCUCCCCGAGAUCGAGACGUUCUCCAAAGCCCUCCACUCCAACAUCGUCCUCCCCCUCCUCCGCCUCUUCGCCAUCGUGCUACAACUCCCAGACGAGGACUACCUCGUGCGCCAGCACACCUACGAGAAGAAGAGCGAGGACCACUACCGCUACAUGAUCUACCACAAGCGCACGCCCGAAGAGCACGCCGCCAGCGGCUUCGGCCACUCGACCGGCCACACCGACCUCGGGACCGUGACGCUGCUCUUCCGCCAGCCCAUCGCCGGCCUCCAGAUCCUGGGCGAGGACGGCAAGUGGACAUACGUCUCGGCGCAGCCCGGCACCAUCACCGUCAACCUCGCCGACACCAUCUCACACAUCACGGGCGGCUGGCUGAAGAGCUCAGUGCACCGCGUUGUCGCGCCGCCCGAGGACCAGUGGCAGUACGACCGCACGGGGCUGCUGUAUUUCGCGCGCCCGCACAACGAUACGAUUCUCGAGCCGAUUCUGGAUUCGCCGGUGCUGAAGGCGGCGGGGGUCAAGUCGAGGUUCGAGGAGCCGGUGAAGAUGGAGGAUUGGGUGAAGAGUAAGCAGACGCUGCAGUUGAAUCCGGAGAUUGCGGCGAAGAGGUGGGCGGAGGCCGGGGAUGGGACGGUGACGUUGAUUGGGGGGUUUAAGGACAGGAAGUAUGCUUAG